GGCAGCUUUUGCCAGCUGGGUCACCAGUACGACCAGCACAUAGGCUGGCGAGGGGAUGGGCGUUCCUCUUCUUUUUUUAAAAUUUGUCUGUGCCAUUGAUAGGCAGGCAUCGUUUUUAGUUCCCUUGUACAUCCCUAUAACUUUUGUGGACUGUUCGUGUCUUUUGAAACCCCCCCUUUGAAGGAAAAUGAAACAUUCCAGCCUGCCUGUAACAACACUCAACUGGUUCAAAGGAUCACGGUGCUCGACAUUCUGAACUUGCACACACAGCGAGAAAUAAUCUCCCAAGCAUUUCUCUACUACCUGACCAGUUUUCUGAUUUCCCCCGGAGCUUGUAUGGUGGAGAGCGGCAAGACAUGGCCAACCAGGUGAGAGUUAUUGUGUGGGGUUUACCCCGCACCUGCUCCUCUGUGCUUCUGAAGAGUCUCACCAGCCUCCCCGACUCCCAGAUGAUUUACGAAUUAUACACUGAUGCAUACUUCUGGGGACCGGAGAGGCUCGACCAGCAGAACUUCCCCACAGUGGAGGGGGGUGACCCGGCCAUCAAACUGAGCAAAGACGGGCUGCUGAGGGGGUCAGCGUCUGGGUUCGACACCUCGAUCUCUACCUUCGACUGGGUUAGGCGGCAACUGGAGGCCGACUACCCGGGCAAAAAGGUAAUCAUUGCCAAGGAGAUUGCCCCCUGGCUGGACGGGAGGUACAAAGACCUCCCCAAGGGCUAUCGCCACGUCUUCCUGAUCAGGCACCCCUUCAAGAUGUUCCACUCCUUCAAGAAGAUCAACAGAGAGUUUCUGGAGCAAAAAAGGGGCCACCCGGUGGGCCUGGAGGAAGCUGUGUUGGAUCAGUUGCCUCCCCACAUCAUGACGCCAGGAAUGCUCUACAAGGAGAUGACCGACUUGUGGCAGUACAUCAAAGAUAGCAACCUGGAUCCCGAUCCGAUCAUCGUGGAUUCUGACGAGCUCCUCCAGAGUCCCCAAAAUGUGCUGUCGUACCUCUGUGGGCAGUUGAGGAUACCCUACACAGACUCCAUCCUGUCGUGGGAGAAAGGUUUCAAUUGCACAGGCAGCUGGGUUGUCAGCCAAGAGCAUAAGCACCUGAUACAGACCAUGGACUCCUUCGUCAACUUCCGCAACAGCACCAGCUUCCUGAAGCCAAAGGGGACCAGCAAGGCCCCAGAUUGGUCGACAGUCGAUCCAGACAUAAGACGCUGUGUCGAGUUCUCCAUGCCUUAUUUCUCCCAGAUGUAUGACAAGCGUGGGAAGUUUUAAAUAGUAUUUGCAAAAAUUCUUUGCUAAUGCUCAGGCAAACAAACAAAUUUUUCCCUGUGUUCACAACCCUGGGCGUCCCUCCAAAAUUUUACUGCAAUUAUGCUACUUUUUAAACCAACAUGAUUACAAUUCACAAGUGAAAUCACAGCUAAAUUUAAAAACGGAAUUAAAAAACGAAAGUAACUGCUCCUAUCAAUAUAUGUAAUGAAUAUGGAUUAACUUCAACAUGGAAGUUUUCUUGCAAAUAUUUUGUCACGCCUUCAAACACGGGAGUUGAAACAUUCAGGUGAAAUGUAGUCAAACAUUUGAAAGAAAUA